AUGCAUGCCGAAUUUCUGGAGGAAAGAAAACGUAAACGUAAACAAGUGAAGGAGCGACGCAAGGAGAAGUACAAGGAGAUGACGGAGGAGGAAAAAGCCGCGCACAGAUUACCGAAAUGGAUCAGGAUGGCAGAUGGAUGCAAGCAACGAAUAGUGGUCGAUAUGGGCUGGGAUAAGGAGAUGAAUGCGAAGGAACUAACGAACGCGGUAACUCAAGUCAAUCGGUGCUACUCCAUCAAUCGCCGAGCCACGCCUCCAGUUCAGCUGUACAUAACGGAUAACAGCGAACAUACGUGCUCUGUGUUCGACAAAUCGGCACCAGACUACAAGCGGUGGGAUGUACGUUUUGUACGCAUGAUUUGA